GGGAUGCUCAGUAGCCCGCUGCCCGGCCCCCGCGAUCCUGUGUUCCUUGGAAGCCGUUUGCUGCUGCAGAGUUGUGCGAACUAGUCAUGGUGCUGUGGGAGUCCCCGCGGCAGUGCAGCAGCUGGACACUUUGCGAGGGCUUUUGCUGGCUGCUGCUGCUGCCUGUCAUGCUACUCAUCGUAGCCCGCCCGGUGAAGCUCGCUGCUUUCCCUACCUCCUUAAGUGACUGCCAAACGCCCACCGGCUGGAACUGCUCUGGUUAUGAUGACAGAGAAAAUGAUCUCUUUCUCUGUGACACCAACACCUGUAAAUUUGAUGGGGAAUGUUUAAGAAUUGGAGACACUGUGACUUGCGUCUGUCAGUUCAAGUGCAACAAUGACUAUGUGCCUGUGUGUGGCUCCAAUGGGGAGAGCUACCAGAAUGAGUGUUACCUGCGACAGGCUGCGUGCAAACAGCAAAGUGAAAUACUUGUGGUGUCAGAAGGAUCGUGUGCAACAGAUGCAGGAUCAGGAUCUGGCGAUGGAGUCCAUGAAGGCUCUGGAGAAACUAGUCAAAAGGAGACAUCCACCUGUGAUAUUUGCCAGUUUGGUGCAGAAUGUGAUGAAGAUGCCGAGGAUGUCUGGUGUGUGUGUAACAUUGACUGUUCUCAAACCAACUUCAAUCCCCUCUGUGCUUCUGAUGGGAAAUCUUAUGAUAAUGCAUGUCAAAUCAAAGAAGCAUCGUGUCAGAAACAGGAGAAAAUUGAAGUCAUGUCUUUGGGUCGAUGCCAAGAUAACACAACUACAACAACUAAGUCUGAAGAUGGGCAUUAUGCAAGAACAGAUUAUGCAGAGAAUGCUAACAAAUUGGAAGAAAGUGCCAGAGAACACCACGUACCUUGUCCGGAACAUUACAAUGGCUUCUGCAUGCAUGGGAAGUGUGAGCAUUCUAUCAAUAUGCAGGAGCCAUCUUGCAGGUGUGAUGCUGGUUAUACUGGACAACACUGUGAAAAAAAGGACUACAGUGUUCUGUAUGUUGUUCCCGGUCCUGUACGAUUUCAGUAUGUCUUAAUCGCAGCUGUGAUUGGAACGAUUCAGAUUGCUGUCAUCUGUGUGGUGGUCCUCUGCAUCACGAGGAAAUGCCCCAGAAGCAACAGAAUUCACAGACAGAAGCAAAAUACAGGGCACUACAGUUCAGACAACACAACAAGAGCGUCCACGAGGUUAAUCUAAAGGGAGCAUGUUUCACAGUGGCUGGACUACCGAGAGCUUGGACUACACAAUACAGUGUUAUAGACAAAAGAAUAAGACAAGAGAUAUACACAUGUUGCCUUGCAUUUGUGGUAAUCUACACCAAUGAAAACAUGUACUACAGCUAUAUUUGAUUAUGUAUGGAUAUAUUUGAAAUAGUAUACAUUGUCUUGAUGUUUUUUCUGUAAUGUAAAUAAACUAUUUAUAUCACACAAUAUAGUUUUUUCUUUCCCAUGUAUUUGUUAUAUAUAAUAAAUACUCAGUGAUGAGAAAAAAA